AUGGAGGAUACGGAUAAUAAUACCGCAUUUCAAGAGGAUAUAGAAUACGAUGAUUAUGAAUUUCAUUAUAAUUUUAUAACAAUACCAUGGGAUGAACGUACGCGUACCAGCAAAAUAAGUAUCGUUGCGUUAUUGGCAGCAAUUUUUAUAGCAAUUUUAGGCAUUGUCUUCAACAAUUUUAUUAUACAUUAUAGAGGUUUCAAUGCGCAGUUACUAAAUGCUGAUACAAAAAUAGAUUGUAACUUAGUCAAAAUCGAUAUGUAUCAAUAUGUGGCUCGAAUUCAAUCGAUAGUCAAUCUCGAAUUAAUAUGCGUGGGGGCUGUGCUUUCAAAAACUUCAGUUUUGGCGCAUGAAUUGUGUCUUAGAUCUGGUUCUGUUCGGCUACAUUUAGGCAGUCCAAUAGACCCACAAUGUAAAAAAGGGUUUCCAGUCGAUGUUUUUGAAGCAAUUCCUCAUGAAGGUGUCGUGACAAAGGCUCUUGUACUUUUAUCAAGUUAUGAAGAUAUGUCGAAAUGUGCCACCUCAAUAAAAAUAGCAGAACAAAUAAACUUUAAAUCUAAAGCAUACGUAAUAGGCAGACCCUUUCGUGGGGGCCGGUCACUGUCAUUUCAACUUGCAACAAUUGCUCAAAAAUCGGAUAAUGUAACAAUAGAAUGGAGAAAUAAUUUAAAAAGAAAUAAUGUGAUUUGCGUAAAAGAUUUGAAAAAAUGUCCAGUGAGAGCUGGGGAUUUGUUAGUACAAGACGGGCAUUUAUUAGGGCUGGCUUCGACGAGUUCUAAAGAUGGAGGAGCCAGUCCUAUUGCAUGUUUUGCUAAUUUGAGUCUUGUACAUGAUGAGAUAAAAUUGUUGGAUUUAAAAGUUGCUUAA